CACAACUGUCAGCUGAUGGAGUGGGUAUAUAGAGAAGUCAGACCUUGGAAUGGUACUAUUUUAGAGUAUAAUUCCCAACAUCUCCCAUUGUCAAGGCUAGCAGAGAGAUUCUCAGACCUGUAGUUAAAACUGUAACUUUUCCAAGCUCUGAUAUGAGUUUGACUUAGCAAGCCUUAUAAAUGCCACUUGAUUUAUUUAUUAGAAUAUUUUAUAUGGUAUUGCAGUUUAUCUGUUGUGACAUAACCUAAGCGGAUUAACAAGCAUCUGUUAAUUGAAAUCAUACUGUUUUGUAUUUUUCCAUAUAUCAAACAUAUGCAUAUUUGUAAAUGUACAUAUGCAUAUUAAAGAAUUUGACAGCUGUGGUAUAUCUAUUUUUCUGAUUUGAGUUUGGAAUUGCAGUUACUAGACAUUAAAUUUUUACUAAAGCAGUAUCAUCUCUUCCCUCUCUUAAUGUUUAGGGGGAAGAGGAACAAACAAGCAUCUGCCAGUUUAUAAACUGGCUUGUUUGCAUCCUAUUAAUAUUUUAGGGUAUCAUUUUAAUGCAUUCCUUUUUCUUUAAUGAAAGAUUUCCUAGUUUCUGAGUUCUGUGCUCAGAUGUUCUAGUUUUUUUUAAAGUCACAUUUUCAUAAGAAAUUCCAGAAGUUGUUAUGGUUUCUUCCGCCUCUUGAUGAUGCAGAUUGCUUUGACAGCCACCUUUUUGAAUACAAAUAAUUUCCUUUGCUCUCAUGGUACAUUACGUGAGUAAUGCUUAGUGUUUAUUUGCUCAUAAAAUUUGCCAAAUUACAUUUUAACCUUUAGUUACAUCCUUAUUUCCCUUUUGGAUUCAUUUCCUUGUCUUAAAUAUUGGCUCUGGUUAUUUAAUGCAAAUUUUAUUUAGUAAUUUGUGUGCAUUUCUUGUGAGUUUUUUUUUCUUUUUAUUUCUGUAAAUUAGAUUUCUUGCUCAAUUUCCUUCCUGUGUCUGGUCUGCUAUUGGACUCAGUCAGGAGCUAACAUAGUACUAUCAUUUAAAGGAAGCAAAUAGUGGCAAAGUAUACAUGCAUCAUCCUUUGCCAACAUACACAUGCAUACACCAUUUUGCCUGUAAUUUAGGAUAGCAAUCCAUGUAUAAGAGGUGCACUUGUAAUACACAGAUAAUUAUGUUACAAUGAAUAUGUUAGUCUAUAUGGCGCUAUAGAGCCAACAUGAUGUAGUGGUUUGUGUGUUAAGAGAUCUCGGUUCAAAUUCCUGCUCAGUCAUGGAAACCACUAAGUGACUUUCAACAAAUCACAUUCUCUCAGCUUCAGCAGAAGGCAAAGUCAAAUUGCCUCUGAACAAAUUUUGCCACAAAAACUAGGGUUGCCAUAAGUCAGAAAGGACAUGAAGGCACACAACAACAACAGUGAUGCCAUAAGACUUAUGUAGUUUUCACUUCAAUAGACUUGCUUCUUCUGUUAAUACUGUUAUUAUUUAUUUAUAUAAAUAUUACUCUAUAAUAUAUUUUAUAUAGUGUUUUAUUGCACUGCCAUUUUACAGAAUAAGAAAGGAGGACAAAUGUAAUUAGGAACUGAAAUCCAAGGUAUGAAUGAGUUAUGGAAUGGAGGCAGAAAAUAAUAGUUUUAUUUAAAUUAUAUUUAUGAUCUUUAAUUCAUUAUAAGUUGUGCCAGGAUUUCCUCAACCUCUAAUGUCGCACACAAGUUAUAAAAUGGAAGGAAGAGGGCUCCUUACAGGUUGCAUUGGGGGGGGGGGGGUAGCCAGAGUUGUCUGCUCAUUGAGUAACCCCAGUGCCCUUUCACAUUAAUAUAUAAACUCUACGAUCAGUUUUUCCCAGCUUGGCAGCCCCUAGAUGUAUGGCUCACAGUGGUUAUACAUGGUGAGCAUUUUGAUCCACAAUGUAUCUGGAGAGUUGCCUUACGCCAUCGCCUCCAUGCAUCUAUGUAAUCAGAAGAAUUUGGAUUAUCUCUAAAUGAAAAGAAACCAAACGGAGGGAGAUGAGAAUUUCUGAGUUAGAAAGAAGUGUUCCUUAUUUGUGGAGGGUAUAUUUGAGAAGUGACUACAGAGCCAGAUUUGUACAAAUGUGUUGCAUCUAUAUUUGGAUUCUAUAAUUUCUUCUGUUGUGAUUGCAGUCCAUGCUUGAUGGUUUGUCAGAUCUCCCUAAGUGGUAUGGAAUAAAAGAAAUGCAAGCCAAUUGGCUAGGAGACUGCACUGGAUGCUACUUUGAGUUUAUUUUGAAGGUUAAUAACAAAUCAACAGGAGAGAAAAUAGCAGCCUUUGCAUAUGUACCUGAAGCCAUUUAUGGUAUGUCUUAUUUACAUAUCUUACCUGACCACAGACUGUUACAUGGAAAUAGCAGUCUAAAGGAAGCCUUCCAGAAGGAUUUGAUACCAGGCAAAGAGUCUCUUACUUCAGUGACAGCUAUGAACCUGCUUACCAAUCAGGAGAUCCCUGUAGUCAUAUCAGCAAAAUCAGAGUUUGAAGGCUACCUUGAUGCUAAAAUAGGAAUCCCUUGCACUGAAGCAGAUGAUGCUAAAGUUGCUAGGAGUUUGGGCCUGUCAUUUGAAGAAGUUAUUGAAACUCUGUCAGAUGGCUCACAGAGACUGAUCCACUCUGGAGAGGUUGGUGCAUUGCUUUCACAGGUAUGAGUAGACAACAAGCGUUAAAUGCAAUCACUGAGCAAGCCAAAAAUAAAGGAGUAGGAGGAUACCUAACAAGUAAUAAAUUGAAAGAUUGGCUGAUCUCCCGACAACGUUAUUGGGGAACACCUAUUCC